CCGGGUGGGAGCAGCGCGCUCGCUCGCCCACGUCACGCCGGUGCGGGCUCGGCUGACGACCGCGGCGCCUGGGGACGCCGGCGCGCUCCGCUCGCCAGGUGCUCCGCCUGGAAAUGUCUCCAUUAGUUGUCGCCGGCUCCCCGCUGGAGCGCGCGCAACGAGCUUCCGCACGGAGCCCUCGCGGGCUGCCGGGAGUGGCCCAGCGCCACCGCAGCACCUAAAAGCCUGCAGCCCCGGAGCAGUGGCCGCGCCACGCCGGCCCCAGCGCGCAGAACCCUGCAGGCCCCGCCCGUCCGCCCCGGGGCGCGCCCGCCAUGUCCUACCCGCAGUUUGGAUACCCCUACUCCUCGGCUCCCCAGUUCUUGAUGGCCACCAACUCCCUGAGCACGUGCUGCGAGUCCAGCGGCCGCACGCUGGCAGACUCCGGGCCCGCCGCCUCGGCCCAAGCGCCGGUCUACUGCCCGGUCUACGAGAGCCGGCUGCUGGCCACCGCGCGCCACGAGCUCAACUCGGCUGCGGCGCUGGGCGUCUACGGGGGUCCCUAUGGAGGAUCGCAGGGCUAUGGCAACUACGUGACCUACGGCUCAGAGGCGUCCGCCUUCUACUCGCUGAACAGCUUUGACUCCAAGGACGGUUCGGGAUCUGCGCAUGCGGGCCUGGCGCCAGCAGCCUACUACCCUUAUGAGCCGGCUCUGGGCCAAUACCCCUAUGACAGGUAUGGAACCAUGGACAGCGGCACGCGGCGCAAGAACGCCACGCGCGAGACCACCAGCACGCUCAAGGCCUGGCUGCAGGAGCACCGCAAGAACCCCUACCCCACCAAGGGCGAGAAGAUCAUGCUGGCCAUCAUCACCAAGAUGACCCUCACGCAGGUCUCCACCUGGUUCGCCAACGCGCGCCGUCGCCUCAAGAAGGAGAACAAGAUGACGUGGCCUCCGCGGAACAAGUGCGCAGAUGAGAAGCGGCCCUACACGGAGGGCGAGGAGGAGGAAGGGGGCGAGGAGGAGGCGCGGGAGGAGCCCCUAAAGAACUCCAAGAACGCAGAGCCCGUGGGCAAAGAGGAGAAGGAGCUGGAGCUUAGUGACUUGGAUGACUUCGACCCGCUGGAAGCAGAUCCCCCGGGGUGCGACCUGAAGCCGCCCUUCCAGUCCCUGGACAGCGGUCUGGAGCGCGUCCCCGCCGCACCUGACGACCGGGUCAAGGAGGCCUCAGGCGCGCUCCGGAUGCCUCUGGCCGCGGGUGGCCGAGCUGCUCUGGACGAGGACCUGGAGAGGGCCAGGAGCUGUCUCCGCAGCGCGGCGGCCGGGCCGGAGCCACUGCCGAGCGCAGAGGGCGGCCCACAGGUCUGCGAGGCCAAGCUGGGGUUUGGGCCGGCGGGGGCGUCGGCAGGCCUGGAGGCUAAGCCGCGCAUCUGGUCCCUGGCCCACACAGCCACCGCCGCCGCCGCCACCGCCCUGAGUCAGACUGAGUUUCCGUCGUGCAUGCUCAAGCGCCAGGGUCCCGCGGCCCCUGCGGCUGUGUCCUCCGCGUCCGCCACGUCCCCGUCUGUGGCCCCUGCCCGCUCUGGUGCCCUGGACAGGCACCAGGACUCCCCGGUAACCAGUCUCAGAAACUGGGUGGACGGGGUCUUCCACGACCCCAUCCUCAGGCACAGCACUUUGAACCAGGCCUGGGCCACCGCCAAGGGCGCCCUCCUGGACCCCGGGCCUCUGGGACGCUCGCUGGGGGCGGGCGCGAACGUGCUGACUGCACCCCUGGCCCGCGCCUUUCCGCCUACCGCGCCCCAGGACGCCCCGGCUGCGGGCGCCUCCAGGGAGCUGCUCGCCCUGCCCAAGGCCGGCGGCAAACCCUUCUGCGCCUGAGGCGAGCGGGCCCGAGCCCAGGGGGGAAGCCGCGCUCAGGCGGACGGCGCCGACUCUUUUUACUGAGUUUCCAGAGGACAACUAGCGCGGCCACCGCGAAGCCGCCAAUCUCCCGGAGAAGGAGUUUCUGAACUUGGACUCCUGGGAACAUGGACAAGCCCAGGGCUUCCACGCCGGGGCCUCCACCGCCUGGGCCUGAGCCUGAGCCCGGCUGGGGCAUUCUCAAAUUUGGGACGCGGAAGGAGAGGCUUUCGGAGCAGAAGAGGCCAGCCACCCUGAAGCGUAAAGUUUACGUCAAAAGUUUACAUGGAGAAGGCGGUUCCGUUCUGAAGCGUGGUCUGCUGUCCCCUGGGCGUGAGGCAUGCGGUGUUGGUUGGGAGGCCUCCUGGGCCUGUCAGGCCUCCGAUUUCAUCCUCAGCACAUAAUGCUCACCAACAGCACUUGCACUGAGUUGACUCUUGCACACUCUUGACUCCAUAAUAUGAUGCUUUUUAAGAUGUAUGUUCACACCAAUAAUUGCCUGCUACAGAGGCUAAUAUAACAAAACCAAUAAAACCGAGUGACGGUG